AUGUCAUUCGACGAUUUAGUUAAUUUAAGAAUUAAGCUAGGCAAAUAUUAGUAUAUUGCAAUUGCAAUAUUAGUCAUGGUAGAUUUAAAUGAUGGAGUUUAAUUAGUUUUAAUGUCCUUUAUCAAUCCAAUUAUAAAAGCUGAAUGGCACAUUUCAUCAACAGAAGUUGCUACCUUAACUAGUUUAUUUUAUUUGGGUACUGCAUUAGGUUCAUGCUGCACUGGCAGUAUUGCAGAUAGAUAUGGUAGAAAAAUAGCUAUUUAGUAUAGUUCAUUAGCAUUAUUUUUAAUAAGCAACUCAUUUGUAUUAGUUAAAACAGUGGGAUCUAUGGGAUUCGUAAGAGUUUUAUAUGGUUUCACAUAUGGAUUCUCUCUUCCACUUACAACAUCUAUGCUCAGCGAAAUCAUCCCUAUUUAAUAUCGUGGUAAAGGAUUAGUUUUUCUAAACUUUUUUGUAAGUGUUGGAAAAUUAGUAGGAUGUAUCUUAGCUAUGAUUUGUUUAGACAGCUUUACUUCAGGAAAUUGGAAAUUAAUGAUGAUGUUAAGUUCUAUAUCUUCAUUAUUCGUAUUUAUAGCUUCCUCAUCAUAUUUAUAAGAGUCUCCUCGCUUUUUAUUAGCUACAGGUAAAUAAGAGGAAGGCUUUGACAUUAUUGAUAGAAUUAUAAAAAUAAACGAUGCUCAAGCACCAGUUUUAUCACAAGAAGAAAAAGAUAGUUUAAAAGCAUGGUCUUCAUAAGUUUACAAUAAGGAACAUUAAGCAAGUAUAUUAGCUUUAUUUUAAGACGAUUUAAAAGGGAUUACAAUCAGAAUGUGGAUAUGUUGGUUCAUGGAGAAUGCUAUGUACUUUGGGCAGUUAGUAAUUAUGCCUUUUAUUUUAGGGUAAUCAAAAAAAACUUUUGGAAGCUAUUUCAUAACAAUAUUAGGAGAAGCACCUUCAAUAUUUCUUUCAGCUUAUAUUGUUGAUCAUCCAUUAUUAGGCAGAAGAAAUUCUUUGACAAUUUGCUUUGGAUUAUCAAUGGUUUUCCAUUUUUUUUGUUAUCUUUAAGGAGGAGGAAGUUAUUUAUCUCUACUCACUUCUGUUGCUAGAUUUUUUAUGAAAUAGUGUUAUGCUAUGCUAUAUCCUUUUAGUACUGAAGUUUAUCCAACAAUAGUUAGGACUGUUGGAUUUGGAAUGUGUGGAGGAGUAGGUAGAGUAGGUGCUACUUUAAUACCUUAUUUAAUAUUUACUCUUAUAGAUAUCGAUUUAUAUUCACCAUUCUUAGUUUUUACAUUUACAAGCUUAUUUGCAAUGAUUUCUUCAUAUACUUUUCCCUUUUGCACCCGUGGCCGCUAGCUCGAUCACAUUCCCUAAAAGGCAGUUGACAAAUAAGGUCAUGUACACUAUAUUCAUGAUGAAAAACAUCUUGUACAUAACUAAGAAACACCUACACCAGGAAACGAUUUAGAGAUGAAGUUAAUAAAUAAAUCAUAAAAUUAUCAUUGA